GUUUUUCAUCAACAGGGCAAGUCAAGAUGAAGCUCCUGUUUGUGAUCAGUUUGACCUUGGUCACUCUCUCCUCCCUGGACCUCGCUGAUUCCUCAGCUUAUGACAAGAUUGUGACCCACAGUCGCAUCAGGGCAAAGAAAGAGGGGCCCAAUGUGUGUGCACUUCAGCAGGUUAUGGGGACCAAGAAGAAGUACUUCAGCACAUGCAGGAACUGGUAUAAGGGCUCCAUCUGUGGGAAGAAAGCGGUUGUUUUAUAUGAGUGCUGUCCAGGUUAUAUGAAGCUGGAUGGGAUGCGCGGUUGCCCUGCAGUGGCCCCCAUCGACACCGUGUAUGGCACUCUGGGUAUAGUGAAUGCCAAAACUACACAGGAUUACUCUGACAUUUCCAAGAUCCGCGAGGCGCUUGAAGGCUCUGGCUCCUACACGAUGUUCGCACCGUCCGAUGACGCGUGGAACCUUGUCGACCCUGGAAUGCGGCGUGUGUUAGAGAACAGUGCAAGCACUGAGCUGUACGAUGCUCUCCACUAUCACAUGACCAAGAAACGGUUCUUGACCAAGGACCUGAAGAACGACAUGACGUUGGAAUCCAUGCAAAAUAAACUGGGCUUAUACAUCAACCAUUAUUCAAACGGAGUGGUUACUGUGAAUUGUGCCAGGAUUAUUCACGCUAACCAGUUGGCCACUAACGGAGUUGUUCAUGUCAUCGAUCGGGUCAUCUCUCCUGUAAAGAGCAGCAUCAAGGAUGUGAUUGAGACUAAUGGAGACCUCACCUCACUGAGUGCAGCCGCAGUGGCAUCAGGGUUACUGGAUAAACUAGGCGAGCCAGGGCACUACACGCUUUUUGCUCCGACCAACGAGGCCUUCGAGAAACUGGACAGGGUUGUCCUAGAGCGAAUCAUGAGCGAUAAGACCGUCCUCCAAGCUCUGCUAAAGUACCACCUCCUCAGCUCAACUCAGUGCUCUGAGGCCAUCAUGGCUGGCUCAGUGUAUGAGACGCUGGAGGGAAGCAACAUCGAGAUUGGUUGUGACGGCGAGAGCCUGACGGUGAACGGAAUCAAGAUGGUGCUGAAGAAAGACAUUGUGACGACCAAUGGUGUCAUUCACCUCAUUGACCAGGUGCUCAUGCCGGAUUCCGCUAAGCUGGUGACAGAGCUUGUUGGAGAAUCUCAGAGCACCUUCAGCGACAUGGUUUCUGAGUUAGGCUUGUCUGCUGCCAUGAAGCCAGAGACGGAGUACACAAUCCUGGCUCCUCUCAACGGAGCUUUCACUUCUGAAGUUAUGUCGAUGGACCAGCGUCUCCUGAAGAUCAUUCUGGAAAACCACAUUCUGAAACUGAAAGUCACCCUCAGUGAGCUCUAUAAUGGACAGCUCUUGGAAACCCUCGGGGGGAAACUUCUUAGAGUAUUCAUCUAUCGCACUGCUGUGUGUAUUGAAAACGCCUGUAUGGUCAGAGGAAGCAAAGAGGGAAGUAAUGGUGCCCUUCAUCUGAUGAGAUCUCUGAUAAAACCAACGGAAGCUUCCAUUUACCAGCUUCUGGUCGAAGACGGACGCUUCAAAAUCUUCCUGUCCCUAAUGGAGACGGCUGGUUUGACAGAGCUGCUCAAACAGGAGGGAUCUUAUACCCUGUUUGCACCGACUGAUGAUGCGUUUGAAGGCUUAACAGAGCAGGACAUUUCCCUUCUUACUAGCAACAUAAAUGUUCUCAGAACCAUCCUGCUGUACCACUUCAGCAGCGGUGUCUUCAUCAAUGGUGGUCUGGAGGGCGGAGUCACCAACCUUCUCAAGUCCAUUCAAGGCAACAAUCUCCAAGUGCUGUCUGCAAACAACUCUAUCCUCGUCAAUUCAGUUGACGUUCCAGACAGUGACCUUAUGGCUUCCAAUGGUGUGGUCCACGUAGUUAAGACGCUGCUAUACCCUGCAGACCUGCCCGUAGGACAGGAGGACCUGCUGAUUCUGUUGAGGAAACUCAUCAGGUACAUUCAGAUUAAGUUUGUGUCUGGAUUCACCUACCAUGAGAUACCCCUUACCUUUAUCAAGAGGACUAUUACUACAACCACUCAUAUUGUUGAAACGGUCCCAGAAAUUACAAAAAUCACCAGGAUCAUUGAAGGCGAACCUACCAUCACAAGGACUGUUAUUGAGGGAGAACCCAGAAUCACCAAAUUCACCAGGGUCAUUGAAGGUGAGCCUGUUUUCACCACAGGGGUCGUUGAGGGUGAACCAUCGGUUACAAAGGUCACCAGAGUCACCGAAAGUGAACCCACGGUCACAAAGAUGGUCAUCGAAGGCGAGCCUAAGAUUACAAAAGUCACCAGGGUAAUUGAAGGAGAGCAGACUGUUGUAGACCCUCAAACAUCUAUUACUAAGCUCACCAGAGUUACUGAAUCUGAGCCCAGUGUCACUAAGGUGGUGGUUGAAGGGAAACCCUCCGUCACCAAAGUUACCAGGGUUAUCGAAGGCAAGCCGUCUGUCACAAAGGUGACCAGAGUUAUUGAAACCCACAGUGGUUCAUCUGAUGGAGAACUGGACACUGAUGGAGAAAUAAAGAAGAUUUUGGGAGAAGGUGGAUACACCACUGUUACCAAGGUGAUCAAGUCCGAGCCUCACAUUAUUGAAGGGCCGGAUUUCUCGAGGAUCACGUCUUUCCAGGGAAACCCGGACCUUAUUGAUGCAGAGUCUGAGAGAAUCACCAAAUUAAUCCAAGAAGGAGGGUCUGUAAGAAAAGCCCCUGUGAAGAGGACCCCAGUCAAAAGGAGAAGAACAAGACUGGUUAGACGCCCGAAGAACGCACAGUGACCCAGCACAAUCUAGAAGCUCAAAGGAUUCAAGACUGAGUGUAACCAAAACUUCUAAUGGACUCAUGCCGCGUCUCACGCUUAAAAGAAUUAAAAUGUUAAAGGAGAGAGAGUGUGAUCAACAUAAUGAUCCCUUAACAAGUUUAUGUUAGAACUCUGCAUGGGUUGUUUACAAUUCCAAAAGAACCACUGCAGUGUGAAUGCAUUAAAAAAUCUCUUAUAUAAGUCAAGAUCGUUUGUUGGGAGGGGGGUCUAAAUAUGGUGGUAGAUGUUUUAGGAGGUCGAGAGAAAAAGAGAGAGAGAGUUGUUUUUAUUAUUUUAAAUGCUGUUUGUAUUUCUUAUCAGUGUAUAAAGAGACAGCUUGGUUGGGUUGAUCUGAGAUCUCCCCUCUAUGCAUGGCUGUCAUUUUAUUGGUGCUUGCAUUCAUGCCUAUGAAUGUCUUUUACAAACGAGAAUAUUCCCCUAUUUCUGUAUUUCCGCUUCACUGUAAAUUACUUGAUUCGACUUUGUCGGUUUGUUUGUAUGUUAACUGGUUCGUUCCUCUUUCAGAGUUUAGCUUUUUUUCCCCCUCCAUUUUCUGGUUCUUUAACGGUUUGCACAUGACCAAGAGUGCUUUAUGUUCUCCGUGGUAAGUUCAAACUCAAAGCCCUUCUCUUAAUAUGUGACUGAGAGAAAGCAAGUUUUGUGCACCUAUUACCUCUUUUUGGAAAUGUUCAA